AUGAGUACAAAUAAUAUAUUAUUUUCAGUUAAAGAUAAGGUAGCAUUGGUUACAGGUGGAGGAUUGGGAGGUAUAGGAUACUCAAUAUCACUAGCAUUGGUAAAGAAUGGUGCCAAAGUAUACAUUGCAUCAAGAGAUAAAAAGAAAUUAGAUGAAUCUGCAAAGCAACUAAAUUCAAUUGGUCCAGGUUCAUGUAUAGCUAUAGCUGCUGAUCUAUCAAAACAAGAUGAAUGUAAAAAGGUAGCAAAAGAGAUAUCAUUACAUGAUAAUCAUUUAGAUAUAUUGGUAAAUAAUAGUGGAUGUAAUUGGGGAGAAGAGAUAGAGACAUUUCCAGAUCAUGCAUGGGACAAGGUAAUGAAUUUAAAUGUAAAGGCUGUAUUCAAUACAACGGUUGCAUGUCUACCAUUGCUACGUGCCAAUGCCACCAAAGAGAGUCCUAGCAAGGUUGUUACGAUCGGGUCAAUCGACGGUAUCAGAGUACCAUCGUUGGAAACCUACUCGUAUAGUGCUAGCAAGGCUGCAGUACACCAAUUGACACGUACAUUGGCCAGUCGACUAGCAGGCGACAAUAUCACAGUCAACGCAAUUGCCUGUGGCCCCUUUUACAGCAAGAUGACCAAAGCCACCUUUGACAAGUUUGCCGAGGUCAUCACCAGCGGAUGUCCUCUUGGUCGUUUUGGUAAUGACCGUGAUCUCGAAGGUAUCAUCCUCUUUCUCUGUAGCAAUGCUUGUAAUUAUAUGACUGGUGCCAUCUUACCACUUGAAGGUGGUAUAUUAAUAAGUUCAAAUCUUUAA